UCGAUCCAGCCAAUCAGCGCGCAGAGCUGCAGCGAGGUGGCCGUGUUAUGGCGUCUUCCUUGAAGGGGGCUGGGUUCAGAUCUGAGUAAGGAGAAAUCCCGCAGCUCAGCCCGCAGGCUCUCCACAGUGACACCGCGGCCCGCGAGGACACGGGGACAUGGGGACGGUGCACGCGAGGAGUCUGGACCCCCUCCCGAUGCGCGGGCGGGACCUGGGCGUCAGCACCGAGGACCUGGAAACCGUGGAGGCGGAGCAAGAAACCAAGAAAGAGAUCCUAGAAAAUAAAGAUGUUGUGGUCCAGCACGUCAACAUUGAAGGCUUAGGAAGAACUAAAGAGGAUUAUCUGGGCUAUGAGAUCUCUGAUGUCUUUAACGCUAAAAACCUUGUGGAUGUGAUGAGGAAAUCACAUGAGGCCAGGCAGAGACUGCUCCGUCUGGGUAUAUUUAAGGAAGUGGAGGUGCUGAUUGAUAUUUCAGAAGGAGAUGAUGCUCUGCCUAAUGGUCUGGAUGUGACGUUUGAGGUGACGGAGUUAAAGAGAAUCACAGGCAGUUAUAACACCAUGGUUGGAAACAAUGAGGGCAGCAUGGUUCUUGGCAUCAAGUUCCCCAACAUUAUCGGCCGUGGAGAGAAGCUCACUUUCCAGUUCUCUUACGGGACUAAAGAGACUUCAUAUGGCUUAUCUUUCUUUAAACCUCAGCCAGGCUACUACGAACGCAAUUUCACGCUAAACUUAUACAAAGUGACCGGCCAGUUCCCAUGGAGUUCCCUGAAGGAGACUGACAGAGGAGUGUCUACAGAACUCAAUUUCCCACUGUGGAUGACUGAUCACACUCUGAAGUGGGAGGGGGUGUGGCGGGAGCUGAGCUGUCUUGCUCGCAGCGCCUCCUUUGCUGUGCGAGAGGAAAGUGGCCACACUCUCAAAUCUGCACUUUCACACACCAUGGUGCUAGACACCAGGAACUCCACCAUCCUUCCGAGAAAAGGUGCCUUACUCCGGAUCAACCAGGAGCUAGCCGGGUACACGGGGGGUGAUGCCAGCUUUCUGAAGGAGGACUUUGAGUUGCAGCUGAACAGACCAUUCCUCUGGGGCUCUGUGCUCUCUGCUUCACUGUGGGGAGGAAUGAUAUUUCCCGUUGGUGGUCGGCCGAUCUCAAUUGCUGAUAGGUUUUACUUGGGUGGUCCGACCAGUGUGAGAGGAUUUGGGAUGUACAGUAUUGGUCCACAGAAUGAAGGUGACUUUCUGGGUGGAGAUGCAUACUGGGCCAGUGGGCUCCACCUGUAUACACCACUUCCAUUCAGGUCCACACGAGGAGGCCUAGCUGACCUCUUUAGAACUCAUUUCUUCCUAAAUGCUGGAAACCUGUGCAACCUCGACUACGGAGAGGGUCCUCAUGCACACCUGCAGAAGCUAGCAGAGUGCAUCCGCUGGUCCUAUGGAGCAGGCAUCAUACUUCGGCUGGGAAACAUUGCAAGACUGGAACUCAAUUACUGCAUUCCCAUGGGUGUCCAGAGUGGAGACAGGAUAUGUGACGGUGUGCAGUUUGGGGCAGGGAUCCGUUUCCUGUGACAUCAUCAUCACCAUCACCAUCAGCAGCUGCUCUGGUUCUGAAGUCCAAGUAUUAUGGGAUAGGAGGAGAACUGUGUGUGUAGUGUGUUAGAAUGAGAGACUGUAAGAGAAGGAUCCCUCCUGCAUGCACGAUUUGAGUGACUCCACCUUCUGCGUCUAAAUGAUAAAAGAUUUCACAGUUAUUGAGUUUGUCAGAUACAUAUUCAGUUAAUUUGUACAUGAAGACCACAACAGGGAGUAAUGCAUAACAGCCUGCAUUAUAUCCAGUCUGUGAGAUCUUCACAUCUUUGAGGGAUGUUACAAAAGCACCUGAGAUUAGAUAAGGUACAAAAAAAACACUUCUAUGUUCUUCUAUGUUCUCAUUUACCAGUAUUCACAGAUAUCCGCUAUGGUGAGUUAUGUCCCUUUUACAGACACUACCUUAAAGGAGGAGAACUUUGGUGUAAAAUGGAAAAAAAAAACGUACUUACGUUUGUUCAAUAGCCCUCCUCCGCUCUCCCACAGCUUUCUGAGAUCCAGUAUUUUGUGCACUUUGUCCAAACAGGCUUUAGAAUGGUCAUAUAAUUAUAUAAAUCGCUUUUUCAACCAUUAUUCAGGCUCAAAGUAGCUCCUAACCUCAUUGGUGAAAUCCAAAGAGCCCUGACAUUUAAAAUAAGGCAUUUAGAGCUUUAAAAUUGCACAAGAAGUUCAUUAAAAUCCUCUGUAAAAUGGCACCGCCAUUUUAAAUUUGUCACAAUAAGUUGGUUGGUUGUUUUUUUGCAUUUUAAUAUUGACAUUACCAGAUUUUUUUUUUUUAGCAACAGCUGGAAUUCAUGUUUUUCUAAGGAAUUAUUAUUUUUGCAAUCUGUUCAUCUAUACUUCCUAUUCGUUCUAGUGCUCGGCAGUUGAUUUAUUGUUACUUAAAUUUAAGAUUGCUGUGCCCAGAGAUUUACCCAUGCUAUGGGAUGUGAACAGCAACUUUUAAUAAGCUUCUUUUGCAGCUUUAAAGUUUCUAAAUACCUCGUUUUAAAUGUCAGGGCUCUCCUGAUUCUACCAAUGAGGUGUGGAGCUACUUUGAGACUGAAUAACGGUGGAAAUAAAACUAUUUAUCUGCAAGUGCAAAAUAUGCCCCAUAUCACCCAGUCUAAAAGCCUGUUUGGGCAAAGUGCACAAAAUACUGGAUCUCAGAAAGCUGCAGGAGAGCAGAGGUGGGCUAUUCAACAAAUAUAAGUACUUUGUAUCAUGGUUUAAUACACCCAAAGUCCAUUUUACACCAGAGUUCUCCUUUAAACAAUACCUGUCCCUUUUACACAAAACCCACUGUACUUACUUUAGGGUACAGAUGGUAGACAGGAAUGCACAGACAAAAGAGACGGUACUGUUGUUGUUUUCAUGUAGCCAUACUGUAUGUUCCCGCUAAUUAAUGGAAGCACUUUUCCUUGUUGUUAGUGGAGUGCUCCAGUGUUUGAAUCACGUACUUCACUCCUCUCAUGCCAAACAACAUACAUGAACUGACUCAGGCUGUCUGUAGAGGAUCAGUCAGGAGUUGGUGUCUCUUCUUCUCUUCCGUAGCCUUUGUGGGAUGGAGUUUAAAGCCCUAUUGGAGAUCCACCAGCAGUGCUCUUAUUCCACGUCCUCUUUUUAAUGUCAGAACUGUUACGUUAUUAUACUGUAUUGUGCACCAGAAUAAAGCACUCCUUUCCCUGA